AUGUGGAACGAUCUUACGAAAUGUUUAGAAAAUUUUGUUUCUACACUUUUAUUAUCGUUGCACGCUGGGUACAAUCUCACAUCAUCCCAACCAACAUACGAUCAGACAGGACUCGGAGCCACCGACAGCGCGUCCGCCAUGGGGUACAGCGGAGCAUCCUCGUAUGCCGCUCCGUCAUUCUGGAAUGCCGACACCACAACGCAGAGCUAUGGAAAUCUCGUAUCAUUACAAGGAGGAUUUGCGCCCAAUUCCGGUAUGGCCAGUUCGUACUUAAAUUCUUAUGUCGGCACGACAACCACUGAUAGUGCGGGAUCGGAAACGGACACUGAAUUUGGAGCCGCACUGACAAUGGGUGACACCAUUACAUCCGCACCGGCCAUCACCCAGACCAUCAGUUUCGAUUUCUCUAAAAUAGACUUCUCCCUUCUCUUAACCGCACUGCAGCAAAUUGUCGAACAACUGCAAACCAACGGUCAGACAACUCCAGCCUCAACCGAGACGCCGACCACAACUUCGUCACCCAGUGGCGCUCUGGUGUCGUACGGGAAUAGUUACAACCACUUUGGAAGUAACAGUUACAAUCAGCCGGAUAGUGCCUCAGCGUCUAUGCCAAACGCAAGUCCAGCGGGUAGUGAACAACAACAGGCAGGGUCACUUGUGGCCACCAGUAAUGCCGGUGCAGGGCCAUCGUAUAUGCAAAGUGGAUCGGGGUUGAGCAGUGGUCAAAUUACAGAUAACGGUAACCGCUACAACGCGUACGGUCCUUAUGCUUCCGGUGGAAGCUACGUAUCGUCGAGUGCGCUAGCUCAGAUGACAGUCGGUGCUACAGCGGUUCCCGUUGCAGCUGCAACGGAUGCUAUGAGCGACAACAGAAGAUAUUCUGCCGGUAUGCCGGCGCCGACACAGUCGACAGCACAAAAAGCGCUCAUUAAUGUCAACCAAAACGGCAGUCAGAGUAAUAUUAAUGGUGGACGUGCAACAUCCUCCGGCUGUGGAAUACCGGCAUCGGUCCCAGGCGUGCCUAUUGUUUUCGCUAAGAUGAUGGGCGGAUGGUUCGAAUAUAUGAAUAGAUUGCCUGGCCUCCGUCCAAUGUCAAACACAAUAAACAUUUAUACUCCGCUGGGAUUUUCUGUGUUGCCGGAAACGAACAACUGGGGUCUCGUGACCAGUUUCAACGUGUUUCAAUACAACGGCGCUAUAGCAAGCACUGCAAAAUGCGUGGCAAUCUUCGAACAAUCUAACCUAACCGCGGAUGGACGGAAAAUCGCCACACCACUGAUCAACCCGCGGAUCAAUAAUCAAGGAAAUCCCGAAAAGAUAGUCUAUACCAUCCUGGCCGUCGAUUACGAAACAAUGGAAUUAUCUUACCGCUGCAACAAGCCGAACCCAAAAACCGGCUUGUGCGAUGAAGCAUUCUUUCGGUUGUCGACACGAAUCGAUCCUCGCAACCUCAACCAAACGAUGCGAGACCAUAUUCGUGCAACAGUCAACAAAGCACUGCAGCCGUUUUGUUUGGGUACUCGUGACCUGAAUUUCGCCAACUGGCUGCCGCUCCCAUCCUGUUCCCAAGAUUUACCAUCGGAUGUGGCGAAGGUGUUGCACGGCAUUACGAAAUUGUUAACAGAACAAAAUCGAUCAGGAAAAGCAACCUAA